AUGGAGAGAGUGUUUAUCUUGCUUUACAAAGCUGCACGAGAAGGGAAUGUCACCACUUUACGACAACUUCUUGAACAAGACAGUUUGAUUCUCGAUAGGCUCAUCAUCAUCAACAACAAUGGUUUCUCAGAGACUCCACUUCAUGUGGCGGCCAUGCUCGGCCAUGCAGAUUUUGUCAAGGAGAUCAUCACUCACAAGCCCGAACUCGCCAAGGAACUUGACAUUUGGCGCUCCACGCCACUCCACCUAGCGGUGGCGAAAGGCCACCUUGAGACGGUCAGAGUACUGCUUUCCACGGCUGAUCACGAGCUCAUGUCUUCUACUUGGGAUGGAGAAGGGAGAAAUCCUCUCCACCUUGCGGCCAUGAGAGGGCGACUCGAUGUGCUGAGAGAGCUGCUCAAAGUGGCACCCGAGGCUAUUCGGGUCAAUUUGAAGGAUCGAAGUGAGACUAUUUUGCAUGUUUGUGUGAGGCAUAAUCAGUUGGAAGCUUUGAAGUUUUUGGUGAAUAAUAUGGAUGAUUACCAGAUUGUGAAUGCCAAAGAUAAUUAUGGCAUGACUGUUUUGCAUUUGGCGGUCACUAAUAAGCAAAUUGAGGUAUGA